AUGAUUAAAGAAAUAUCUGAAAAAAAUGAUAAAGACAAAAGAAACGCGCUACUUCGAUUUCGAUCAACCACCAUUGCUAUUAAUAUACCUUUAUUCGGAUUUCUCGCGUCAUUCACUUCUUUUCUAAAGAAUCCACAUCAACAUCAACCUCAAAAGAAGUCCAUCAAUUUAUUUCUUGUGACUUGUUUUGGAUUCUGUGCAAUACUUGGAUUAUAUCAUUUUGGUUAUAAUAAUUCUGCCACUAAUAUUAUUAUUCCAACUUCAAGUAUUGCUUCUGCAAAUGACAUUACUCAAAAUAAUAUAAUUAUUCGAGGUGUCAGUAUGAAUGUCACGUUACAGGAAUUUGGUAUGACAAAAUUUGACAAGAUUCACACAAACGCUACAUCAAAUACUAGUCACGCAAUGUUUUUAGAUUGUUCUCCAAUUUCGGCAUCAGUUGUAGUUGAUAAUAAAAUUAAUCUUAAUGAUGGGUUGAAUAAAUUUAAGGAAGAAUUGGAUAAUGUCAUCUCUUUCUUUACGAGUCUAAAUUCUCAACCAAGUGAUUCUGAAAUUUUAAGUAUAGAUAUUGGAAAAGAUGAUGUAGAUGAUGGUGUUAAGCAAUUGGUGUGUAUGUCUAGUAUGCCUAGUACAAGGGUUAAAGCCCGAAGGGAGAACGUGAAUGGUUUUACAGGCAUGCGACUUGAUAAACUUCAAAUCUGA